GCCUCUUGGCUAGUUUCGGGCUGGUUCUGUAGCCGACUUUGGCUGGUUUGGAAAACGAGUCCUGGUAACCCUGUCUGAGGAGAUUAGAGACAGACUGGGAAGGGGAGGGGAGUAGCUGGGCGGAUUGAAGGCAAAGGGAGUGUCUGGGUCGGCAGCCCUUGGGAUUGUCUCAGAUUGUGGCAGUGCUGGGAGGAGACUGCAGAGAGAGCAGAGGAGAAAGGGGGAGAGCGAGUGAUUUUCAGUCUGUGAGACAGAGACAGACAACGAGAGAGACCCCCGGCACAGAAAGUCUCUUCACAGCUUGAACCCUCCUCCGGGAAUUGAACGCUGCCGUCGCCGUUGCUAAGAUGGCCGAGGAAGUGAUCGUGCCAGUUUACGCCACCGGGAUUUCGGCGCAGCUGCAGAAGCAACGCGACCACGAACUGGGGGUCGGGAAACACGAGAAUGCGGUGAAAUUUCUGGGACAGGAUUAUGACCGGAUUCGCCACGAGUGCCUGCAAAACGGAAGCCUCUUUAAGGAUGACACUUUCCCACCGUCGGCUUAUUCUCUGGGCUUUAAGGAGCUCGGCCCAAACUCAUCCAAAACCUAUGGAGUGAAGUGGGUUCGGCCUUCGCAACUCGUCUCCAGCCCACAGUUUAUUGUCGAUGGUGCCACAAGAACUGACAUCUGUCAGGGAGCGUUGGGCGACUGUUGGCUCCUCGCUGCUAUUGCCUCCCUCACAUUAAAUGAUACAGUCCUGCACCGGGUUGUACCUCAUGGUCAGAGCUUCCAGGAUAACUAUGCCGGAGUCUUUCAUUUUCAGCUGUGGCAGUUUGGCGAGUGGAUUGAUGUGGUUAUCGAUGAUUACCUCCCUGUUAAAGAUGGAAAACUGGUAUUCGUGCACUCGGCUUCUGGGAAUGAAUUCUGGAGUGCUUUACUGGAGAAGGCCUAUGCCAAGGCCAAUGGCUGCUAUGAGGCUCUCUCUGGAGGCAGCACAUCAGAAGGAUUUGAGGAUUUUACUGGAGGGGUAACAGAGUGGUAUGAGAUGAAGAAAGCACCUAAAGAUAUAUUUAACAUUAUUCUGAAGGCGUUGGAGAGAGGUUCCCUCAUGGGCUGUUCCAUUGAUAUCACUAGUGCCACAGAUAUGGAGGCCGUAACAUUCAAGAAGCUUGUCAAAGGUCACGCAUACUCUGUUACAGGGGCCAAAGAGAUCAACUUUAGGGGUCAGAACACAAAGCUGAUUCGGAUGAGAAAUCCAUGGGGUGAGGUGGAGUGGACAGGAGCAUGGAGUGAUGGUUCAUCUGAAUGGAACUCUGUGGAUGCAGCAGACAGAGAAGAGUUGAGAAUAAAGAUGGAGGAUGGAGAAUUCUGGAUGGCUUUUCAGGACUUCCUUCGUGAAUUUUCUCGCCUCGAGAUCUGUAACCUCACGCCAGAUGCGCUCAGCGCCCGCAGAUACCGUAAGUGGAACACAACACUCUACAAUGGGUCUUGGAGGAAAGGCAGCACGGCUGGCGGAUGUAGAAAUUACCCUGCCACAUUCUGGAUCAACCCACAGUUCAAGAUCAAACUGGAGGAGGAGGAUGAGGACGAUGACUACGGCUCUGAAAAAGGCUGCACCUUCCUCCUUGCACUUAUGCAAAAGAACAAGCGCAAAGAGAGGCGCGUUGGGAAAGAUAUGGAGACCAUUGGAUUUGCAGUCUAUGAGGUUCCCAGAGAGUUUUACGGCCAGUCAGGUGUGCACCUAAAGCGGGAUUUCUUCCUUCAAAACGCCUCCAGCGCUCGCUCCGAGCAGUUCAUCAACCUGCGAGAGGUCAGCACCCGGCACAAACUGCGCCCCGGAGAAUACAUUGUGGUGCCUUCUACCUUUGAACCUAAUGUGGAAGGAGACUUUGUCAUCAGAGUCUUCUCUGAAAACAAACAUGGCUCUGUUGAGAUGGAUGAUCCUUUAUCUGCUGACCUACCCCCUGAGGAAGUUUUGUCUGAGACUGAAAUCGAUGAAGGGUUCAAGAAUCUUUUCAAGCAACUGGCUGGUGCUGAUUUGCAAAUCAGUGCAUCGGAGUUACAGUCCAUUCUAAAUAAAAUUGUAUCAAAGCAUAAAGAUCUUCGCACAUCGGGAUUUAGUUUGGAGUCGUGCCGCAGCAUGGUGAACCUGAUGGAUAAAGACGGGAAUGGAAAAUUAGGACUGGCGGAGUUCAACAUUCUGUGGAAUAAAAUUAAGAAUUACUUGACAAUAUUCCGGAAGUAUGACGUGGAUAAAUCGGGAAGUAUGAGCGCCUAUGAGAUGCGUCUGGCGGUGGAGUCUGCAGGUUUCAAGUUGACCAACAGUCUGCAUCAGCUCAUCAUCACCAGAUACUCAGAGCCUGAUAUGGCCAUGAAUUUCGAUAGCUUCACCUGCUGUCUCAUCAGACUGGAGACUAUGUUCCGAUUUUUCCAGGGUAUGGACCCACAGAAACAAGGAGUGAUCAAUUUUGACCUGUUUAGUUGGCUCCAAAUGACAAUGUUUGCAUAGAGAUAUCUCUGCAUGGGCUGGAUUCCCCAAUACUCCUGAGACUUUCUGCGAGUGCCUUCCAACUGCUGCCGCCGCUGCUGCUGUGCCAGAGCAAUAUAAUGAGGAUUUCUUUUAGGCGCCUGCUCCUGCGUGCUGUCUGUCUCAUCACUCUCACAUCCCUUGUCAUUCCCCCUUUCUCUAUCCUAAAGCACACUGUCAGAUUGCUCAUCUUUUCCACCUCCAAGUAUGUAAAGAUAAUCUAUCCUAUCGUCAUUUGGGGAUACAGAUGUGCCUGUUUAGGUCAUGCCUGUGAGCAGAUAUCUGUAGUUACAUGUAUACUGUCACUUUGUAUUGGAUAUUAGAUGCCAUAAAUAAAGGCUCAUCCUGUAACGUGUACUGGCAAAAAAUAUGCACUAUUAACUAGGGAUGCACCGAAUCCAAUAUUUAGGAUUCGGCCGAAUCCUUCGUAAAAGGAGAAGGAUACCAAACUGAAUCUGAAUAUGCAGGGAUGGGAAAGGAAAAAAAGUGGGGGACAAAAAUGUUGCUUCCUUGUUAUGUGAUGAAAAGUCAUGUGGUUUCCCUUCCAGGCCCUAAUUUGCAUAUGCAAAUUAUUAUUCGGUUCGGCCAGGCACAAGGAGUUGGCCGAAUCCUGCUGAAAAAGGCCGAAUCCCGAACCGAAUCCUGGAUUCAGGGCAUCCCUACUAUUAACACUUGUAUAAUAAAUAAGGGGGUUUUUCUUUGCAUAUUCUCUUUGCACAUCGCCAUAAAGUUGGUGAUUCUCCAAUAAUACAUAUUUUUCUACAUUUGAAAAGCUGCCUUUUGUUCUUUGUCAGCUGAUGGUAUGUUGUCAUUAGAAGAUCAGUCUUGCCUUUUGGUAUGAGACAUUCUGCUGAUACAGAGAUUGGAUUAGUAGCACUAAGCGGGAGAAGAUUCCUUAUCAGUCCAUAGUCCAGUCCAUAGUCCAGUUAAUAUCACACAGGUGGUUUCUCUGCUAGUGGAAAAUGCACAAAACCACCCACCUUACUUGUACAGGCAGUUUUCAGCCCCAAAGUGCUCUUAACAUACCAUUUUGGGCCCAUCGGAGCAGUUUCUUUCUUUUAAAGGAGAAACAAACCCCUUAUUAAAAAAAAAUAAGGGGCUUGUUUCUCCUAAAAAGUCAAUGAAACGUGGUACAAGCCAUUUUUGGCAUUCCACUGCCAGCAUAGAACCCACCUCAUGUGGCAUUAGCCUUAGGGUAAAGGCAUAUGGGGCCCUUUCAAAUGCUUUCACUGCUGCAUUUUUAAGUAGCCAUGAACCAGCCCCCCAUAGAUUUACAUUGCAAAAAAUGGAAGCCUAUAGGGGACCGUUUUGGACCAAAUAAACAUUGUGUUUCUUGGUGCCAC